CCAACAAAAAUUGGUCAACCAAAAAAUCAUUCUGAUAGUACAAAAAUCGAUCAACAAAAAAAUGUUUCUAGUAUGCGAUGUAUAGAGGCUAGAAUAAUUAGCAAAUUAAUAAGACUGGAUGAUCAGUUGUUAGAAAAAUUUUAUAAUGACGAAAUUCAACCGAUCCUUACUGAUAAUCAAUACUAUAGUUUGGAAGUAUCAGAAACUGAUGACAAAACUUUAAAGGUAUGCAGAAUGAGAAAAUGGGUGUAUAAUUAUGUUGAAUUUGCAUCAAACGAAGAAAAAGCAUCUGUGAAUGCCUCUGUUUGGACAAGAAUAAGGUAUAACAGAUCAUUAAAAUCAUACGUUGGAAGAUAUAGUAAUGUUCACUACUCUCUGGUCCAUGAAGAUACGAAUAAUAUCGAAGAGAAGGAUGAUAGUCAUAAUGGAAACUAUGCUGACAGUUUCGAGGAGGAUAAUAGAGAAAGAAGAAGUAGAAGUUUAGUAUCAACAGAAUAUAAUAGUAAUUAUGAGAAGGACGAUGAUUAA